AUGCCCGUCAAACUCGACCUCGCUGCCGCCGCCCGGGACCCGACCACGCGUCACACCCUACGAAACAUCUCUCUCGCCGUCGCCAAGUCCAAGCGCAUCGUCGUCGUCACCGGCGCAGGAAUAUCCUGCUCCUCCGGCAUCCCCGACUUCCGCUCCUCCGACGGCCUCUACAACCUAGUCAAACAACAAUACCCCGACGUCGUCCUCAAGGGCCGCGACCUCUUCGACGCCUCCCUCUUCCGCGAUCCCCUCUCCACGUCCGUCUUCUAUACCUUCAUCUCCCAGCUCAAGCGGUCAAUCGACAAUGCCGCACCGUCACCGACUCACAAAUUCAUCAAGACGUUAGACUCCAAGAAACGUCUGCUCAGGAGCUAUACGCAGAACAUAGACGGCCUGGAAGAGCGUGUAGGCUUGCCUGGCAGCUCUAGCGAGACUGUCAGGAUAACCGCUAAAGGGAAGACGAAAAUUCGCAAUCGGGACGUGCGCAAUGUUCAGCUUCACGGCGAUAUACAUCGCGUGCGCUGUACCAUGUGCUCGAAAGAAUACCCUUGCACGGCCCAACAUCUCGCUCUUUUCGAACAAGGGGAUUCUCCUGACUGCCCGGAAUGCACGUCGCGCUCUGAGGCGCGUGUCGCACGAUCUGCACGCGCUUUGAAGAUUGGAAACCUUCGGCCCGCAAUUGUCCUGUACGACGAGCCCCAUCCAUUGGGUGACGACAUAGGAGCGAUCCACGCUGCCGACGUAAAUAAGAAACCGGACAUGCUCAUCAUACUAGGCACGUCGCUGAAGGUUCACGGGCUCAAAAAGCUGGUCAAGGACUUCGCCAAAGCUGUCCACGCUUCGUCGCCUAAACCCGCUGCCCCUUCUUUGACUGCCGCGGACAUUAACAAAGCCCAUGGAAGACCGAAGGCAGGACCCUCCAAGGCAGCCUGCAAGGCGUCACCCAAGAACGCGAAAAAUCUGAUCAACUCGCUGGCUGGCCGGGUCGUCUUCGUCAACCGUACUCCUCCUGGUGCCGACUGGGAGGGUAUAAUCGACUACUGGAUUGAAGCUGAAUGUGACCAAUGGGUUGCGCGCGUGGAGGAGGAGUGGAAGAGCAUGCGACCCUCAGACUGGGAGGUGCAACAAACGCUGGCCGGAUCCUCAGGUUUCGCUGCCACGAAGACUAAAGCUGCAGCCGCCGGUGUUCCGAAGGGUUUGGCUCCGAAGGUACCGCCCCCUGGGGAUAGGCGAGACGACAACACGGAAAAUAUUCCCGUGUCGCUCCGGCCAACGACUCCUUGCUCUCCCAGCAAAAGGCGUCAGCAUACAUCCCAUUACCCAAACUCUGAAAGAGAUGCGGACAUUGAGUGCAGUCCCUCAAAACGAGCUGCGAAGCGUGGCAUGGAGAUCCUGACUCCGACGACUGCGAUGACCAUGCGGGUGAAGAAACUCGCUCUGGAGGGUGACCAGAGCAUGCACAUACCAGAGAGGAGGAUGCUCUUCGGAGAUCUGGCCAACGGCGACUCCAAGUCCAAGCACGGUCUCGACGGUGUGGAAUACAGUUCGUCCGAAGACGAGGACGAGGAGGACAAUGCUGACGUGCCUCUGCGCCUCACUGGUGCUAUCAAGCAGCGCCAACAGGCAAAGAGCGAUCUAACCGCACCCGCACCACGGACGACCCGUGCGCGAAGUAGGACAGGGACCAGGUUGAAGAUGGAGGUAUUGAUAGACUCGGUCAAGCCAACGGCGUAGUCGUCCAUACUAUUCAUCCUACAACAUAUCUUACAUCAUGUAUCAAUCUGUAAUGUAAUC